AUGGCCUCAGGAGAGUCACGCUUUUCCUCGCAAUUCAAAAAUGCAGGAAAAGAUCAAGAAGCGCUUCGGAAAAGUCGCGCUGAUGAAGUCGUCACAAUCAGAAAAGAUAAACGAGAGGAUUUACUCAGCAAGAGAAGGAAUUUAAAUGAUGGAGAAGAAGGUGCUGGAGGCUCAACGGUAGCGGCUCCAACCACCACAACCAGCAGUUUCGCAAAUUUCGACAUCGCCCAGUUGCACGCUCUCUUCAACGCCUUGGUGAAUGCUCCCGAUGAGGCGGCAAAAGAAUUGGCGUCAACUAAUCUGCAAGAAGCUGUGCAACAAAUCCGCAAAAUGCUAUCCACUGAGCGAAACCCACCCGUCGACCAAUUGAUCGCUAGCGGAGUACUUCCAGUUCUUGUAAAGUGCUUGGAAAAGGGAUUCAACGUUAACAUCCAAUUCGAGGCAGCUUGGGCUUUAACUAACAUUGCGUCAGGGACUUCGGAACAAACUGCUGCUGUGGUUGAUGCUGGAGCGAUCCCACUUUUCCUUGAACUUCUCACAUCGGAAAAUGUGAAUGUUUGUGAGCAAGCGGUUUGGGCUCUCGGAAAUAUCAUUGGUGAUGGGCCUCAUUACAGAGAUUAUUGUAUCCAACUUGGCCUGGUUCCGCCACUUCUUUCCUUCAUUCGUCCAGAAACGCCGAUCGGUUUCUUGAGAAAUGUCACCUGGGUGUUGGUCAACUUGUGCAGAAGCAAGCACCCACCUCCAUCUCCCGAAUUGGUGGCCGUUCUCCUACCAGCUCUUGCUCUCCUCGUUCACCAUGAAGACACCCACAUCCUCGUUGACACUGUUUGGGCCAUUUCCUAUUUAACUGAUGGAGGAAAUGAGCAAAUUCAAAUGGUCAUUGAGAGCAAUAUUGUCCCAACAGUUCAAACUGCGGCUCUUCGUGCUGUCGGAAAUAUUGUCACUGGAACUGAUGACCAAACACAACUCGUUCUUGACUGUGGUGUCUUGAAUCAUAUGGGCACCUUGCUUCAUCACCCGAAGGACAAGAUUAAUAAGGAAGCCGCAUGGUUCUUGUCGAAUAUCACUGCUGGAAAUGUUCAACAAGUUCAAAUGGUUAUUGACGCUGGACUACUCCCAAUUCUCAUCGAAUUACUCUCCGAAGGAGACUUUCAAACGCAGAAAGAAUCAGCUUGGGCUUUAUCAAAUGUCACAAUCUCUGGAAAUCCACAACAAGUAGCCUCAAUGGUUCAAAUGGGAGUCGUACCACCAAUGUGCAGAUUACUGGAAAUCAAAGAUACUCAAAUUAUCAAUGUUGUUCUUGAUGGAUUGCAAAACAUUUUGAAGAUGGCUGGUGAUGAUCAUUUGGGAAUUUGCACAAUGAUUGAAGAAUGCGGUGGAUUGGAUAAAAUCGAGCAAUUGCAAAAUCAUGAGAAUGAAGAGAUUUACAAAAUCGCUUAUGAGAUCAUCGAUCAUUAUUUCAGUGCUGAUGAAGAGGAGCCACAACCGGGCACAGCUGGAGAAGGCUUCAGUCAACAACCGCCAACCGAAUGGAACUUC